CAAGAAACUAGGAACAGAGUCAAGAGAUUUGGUUUGGAACUGGACCCUAAAUUACACCCGCGCAGGGAUUUGUGGGAGUGAUUCAUACAGCGAUGACGUAGCCAUGCACAACCGGUCAGUAUGGUAUUUCCUUAUAGCUAGCUUUUUCAAAACAAUCUGAGAGGACAAUGUUUCGUGUGUAGCUCGAUCUGGCUAUGGUCGCAAAUGGAAAUCGAACGGUCUGAGUGGCCAGCGGCUCAAUGUAGUUAGUAGCUAAUACAGCUAGCAGAGUGUGUUGAUGUUGCUCUCGCCAGUAUUCUGUCCAGUAGAUCCCCACCGCUCUUUCGUCACUACAGGAUGCUCAAGCUGUUCGGAGCGCUAGUUCUUGUGGGACUAGCACUGGCGUGCUUAGCUUCCUGGGUGCUGGAGAGCUAUGACACCUCCUGGCACCCCAAACGGAGUGUUCCUCAGUUCAACGCCGGGGAUGGAGAGGAGGCUAGGACAUGUCUUCCUCCGUAUCCCGGCGGCGAAUUGGAUAACAUAUUCUGGUUCGUGCAGGUGUCUGACAUUCAUAUCAGUCGAUUCCAUGACAAAAAACGAAUUUAUGACUUUGAGAAGUUCUGCACUAAUACCGUUGAAGUGAUCCAACCUGCUCUUGUGCUCGCAACGGGAGACCUGACGGAUGCGAAGACCGAGAGCAAGGUGGGCUCCCUGCAGCAUGAGGUGGAGUGGCAGGCCUAUCACGACAUCCUGAAGAGGUCUCGGGUGCUGGAACGCACAAAAUGGAUUGACAUCCGCGGAAACCAUGAUGCCUUCAAUAUUAUUUCCUUGGAUAGUGUCAACAACUACUACAGGAAAUACUCAGCCAAUCAGAAAGUUGGCUCCUUUCACUAUGUCCACAAGACUCCCUUCGGCAACUACUCCUUCAUCUGUGCUGAUGCAACCAUCACCCCCGGACCCAAGCGGCCGUACAACUUCUAUGGCAUUCUCAACCAGACUCAGAUGGACCUGUUGGCAUCCUUCAGGACUGAGAGCCACAGCAGCAACCAGACCAUCUGGUUUGGCCACUACACCACUUCAACGGUCAUCUCCCCCUUUCCAGGGCUGAGAGGCGUGAUGAGCUCGGCUGUAGCGUACCUGUGUGGUCACCUACACACUCUGGGCGGCCUGAUGCCUGUACUACACAGCAGACACCCCGAGGGCACCCUGGAACUCGAGCUAGGUGACUGGAUGGACAAUCGCAGGUACAGAGUGCUGGCGUUUGACCACGACCUGCUGAGUUUCAUGGACCUAAAGUUUCAGCAGUGGCCUGCAGUACUCAUCACCAACCCCAAGGAGGCGCAGUACCUCCAUCCUGGAGUGGAGCCACUGGGGAGAAUACAAAGCUCUACCCACAUCAGGAUCCUGGCCUUCUCUGAUGCCCCGGUCACAGCAGUUCACGUCAGCGUGGACGGGGUGGAGAUGGGUGAAGGCCAGUCUGCUGGAGGUCCUCUGUAUGUGGUGCCAUGGGAACCCUCGCUCUACCUCGCUGGGCUGCACACUGUCACUGUCAAAGUGAAGGACGCGGUGGGGCGGUCGACUUUCCGAGAACAGCUCUUCACCCUGGAAGAGGACCUCUCCCCCAGCUUUGGUUUCUUCCAGUCCUUCAUCCUGCUCACUGACCACUACAUUCUGGCCCGGGUAGCCUUUGUCGCCGGGAUGCUGCUGAAUAUUGGAGUGCUUGUGGCGUUCAGGUUCAUGCCUCUGCCCUCUGUCAGAGGGUCUUCAAGUCUGUCCUCUUGCGCCUGUCUGUCCCUGCACUUGGUCAGUAAAGCAGACACUUUCUACUACUCUCUACUGCUCUUCAACCUCUGCACUGCCUUAGGUCCCUGGUUCAUAGGAGAGUUGAUUGAUGGUCACAGUGGGGCUUGCUUUGCCUUCGGAGUGGUUAUCGACGGACACUUCCUCGAGGGAAGUCUCACUUAUGUUGUUGGGGUGGGGCAGCUGCUCUUCUUUAACAUGCCUCUCACCUGUUACCUGUGCUGGAGCCUUCACCUGCGUAGUCGUGGUAACUCCUUCCGCUCACACUUCUUGCGUCCGGGCUAUCGGUGGAAGACUCUGGGGGUGCAUACGGCCAUGUUGCUGCUGCUAGCCUGGCAGGGAUACUCUUGUUACUUCCUGCUGGAGACAUAUGGACCGCUGGCCUUCUUCCUGUCCCCAGUCCGCACGUGGGCAGUAGGGAUCGCCCUGCUAUUGGUCUAUCGCGCCUGGAAGGGCCCCGCCCCCUGUCUCCGUGACAACAGCAAGACAACCACAGCCUCUUGACAGUUGUACUUAUUUUCUUGAUUUUCUUUCCACUGGGGGAUUCUCUUAGUUAUGCAAACUACAUUGGCUCUACUUUUCUAUCCCAUAUUUCAAACUACUCUUUUGUGCAAAGUUGUUUCUCGCUCUCCCUUCAAAGCUACUUUCCCCUCAUCCUAUUUCCCACAUUUUUAAACCGUUUAAUAGUUUCAUAUGCAUGUUAGUGUAUUGCAUGUGUAGACCACACCCCUAUACACAGUCAGCGCAAUGAAGGUGUUCGUACAGUGAAGACACUAGUUCAGUAUAUAUUGUGGAUAGAAUUGAUUGUUCAGCCAAUGACUGCUGUUCCUCAAAGCUGAUUGAAGAGUCUCUCACCGCUGUAUUCUGCUGUGGUAAACGUAUGUAUUAGUUGUCCACUUGAGACUUGAUUUGUAGCGGUUAUUCAAUUCAAAGUGUUGCCUCGGCCAACUGCCACAUCACCACUGCCAGAGGAUACAUAGUCAGUCCUGCUCUGGCAGGUUUUGUAUUUGGUUAUUGCAAACUAGUUAUAUUUUUACAUAGGUAUAGCAGACCAAUCACCCACCGGAGGUAGUUUUAAUUUUUAUUUUGAGCUCUGAGAAUCUGGCUUAAGAUAACAGC